CACGACCUGAACUCAUGACAUUGCAAGAGAACACUUUGCCUUAUGUACUAAUAAAGGUAGGUACUGUCAGAUAUUCACUGUCUUUAAUGAUAACCUCAGGCCUUGUCCUUCAGGUUGGUUUCUAGGGGGACUCGGAGUCUGGGAGUCUGCGUAUCCAAGAUCUUUUCCUACUACUACAAUGUGAGGUCCUAUCGUUAGACCAGAAUCCGUCCCGUCCUGUUCUCUGCUCAGUCAGUCAGUCAGUCAAUCAGUCAAUUACUGUAUAUCAUGAAUGCCAGAGACGCCGACGCCCUGCGCGGGCGGAUUCUGGAUCUCGAAGCCCAACUCCAGACAACCAAGGCACUGCUUCGUCGCAUCGAAGGGGGAUCCGGAUCAUCAAGAGACAAAUCCCAAUCCCAGGGCCAGGGCACACCGUUUUCUUCCUCUUCUUCUAUACAAAUCUCUGUCUCCCUUCCGCUAGGCCCAUCGACUCACAACCUAAUGCUCCUAUCGGACUCUGCCCUCCCGCUCGGCUCAUUCGCCUACUCGAGCGGACUGGAAUCCUUCCUAGCACACCACAAACAACAACAACAACAGCAGCAGCAACAAUCACCACACGAGCGUGCGUCUGGUCAGACAUCCGGCCAAACAUCUUCCCAGACGCCCCUGUCACUAUUCCACAAGUUCCUCAAACUCUCAAUCCAGUCCAUCGCAUGGACCAACGUCCCCUACGUCCUAGCUGCGUUUCGCGAUCCAUUGGAUCUAAUGGAUCUCGACAACGACCUGGACGCCUCUACACCAUGUACCGUGGCACGCCGGGCGAGCGUUGCACAGGGCCGCGCCUUGCUAAGUGUAUGGGAGAAAGCGUUUGCGUCGGCAGCGGCGCAUCGUGACCCUGAUGACGAUUCCAAUUUCGAUUCCGAGGCCUUCGCCGCCAUCGAGGUCUUCGCCAAAGAUCUCAAGUUAUCUGCAAUAUCCACGUCCACGAUAAAGGCGAACGGCCAUCUCGCUCCCCUAUGGGGCGUGGUAAGCCUCGCUCUGGGCCUCAAUCUCGAAGAAUCGGCCUAUUUGUUCCUGCUGAACCAUGCCAAAGCCGUCGUGAGCGCCGCGGUCAGAGCCUCCGUCAUGGGACCCUACAUGGCUCAAACGGUCCUUGCUUCAAGGGACUUGCAAGACUUGAUUCGUCGAAGCCUCGAAACUGUCUGGUUUCUCCAACCCGAUGAUGCGGGUCAGGUCGUCCCUGCAAUGGAUCUUUGGAUUGGGAGGCAUGAGAUGCUGUACAGUCGGAUUUUUAAUUCGUGAACAAUAUUGAACUUGAAUUUCAUGAGAUGGACAAACGAACGUGAACGGAAAGCGCCGUACUUGUUACGUCUGGUGCAGUGUGAUAGACCCUUGGAAAUGAACUACAGUGUUUGUGCUGGUAUUCAUGAUGGAGAUUAUGCUUACUCCAGCUGGCCAGGCUAAACUGGUUUUUACUGCGGUUCAAGUUGUGUGUCACUGGGGGAAAACACAGACGUUAUACAAGUACAUAAUGUGCCUACCUAGGCAGGUAUCGGAUACUUAUCGAACGAGCAGAUGGACCGUUCAAAUCUGGACCAUGAUGGUCCUUACUAGAUAGAUCUCAACGUGGUUUGGGAAAUUAUCAUAUUUCUGCAUCUCAUCAUGAGUUACCGUACGGGCGAGAUCAUGAAUUACAACUUCACUGUCC